AUGGAUCUCCUAACCACCUAUGUGGAUGUCUCAACCUUGGUGGCUUUAUCUCAAUACUACGAUCCUCCACUCCGAUGCUUCACUUUCAAAGACUUUCAAUUGGUCCCAACAAUUGAAGAAUAUGAGAUGUUACUGGGCUCGUAUAUGAAAGAUCACCUUCCUUUUACAAGUCUGGGUGAACAGUUGACAUCAGAAUCAGUUGUCGAAGUGUUGCACAUAACUGUUGAAGAGGUAACCCUUGGUUUGGGACCUAGGGAAUUAUCCAAAAAGUUCCUAGAAGAGAAGGCUUGGACCUUAAAGAAGGAAGGGAAAUGGCUACCCUUCAGUGUUAUUAUAGCUCUCUCGAUCUAUGGAGUCAUCAUGUUCCCUAAUGAUGAUGACUACAUAAACUCUUCUAUCAUUGGUGUGUUCGUAUCCGGGAAUCCCGUCCCUGCUCUAGUGUCUGAUGUGUAUUACUUCUUACAUGCUAGGCAUGAAAAGAAGAAAGAUAUGGUUUUAAGCUGUGCAUCACUGUUGUACACAUGGCUUUUAUCCCACAUGCCUCAAAAGGGGUCAUGGGUAGACUUUCUGAAAGACAUUAGGUGGUCUCAAAAGUUGGCUUCCCUCACUGUUGGUGUCAUGGUUUGGUAUUUUCCCACUUCCAAGAUAAAGAAAGUCAUCACUAGUUAUUGA